AUGAGUAUAAUUACAGAAGUUGAAUUACAAAAUUUUAGUUUUGAUGCUGAUAGUGUAAGUUACCGAGCUUCGCAAAAACCUGUGGAUCAAACAAUUUCUAUUAAUGGUCAAUCAGGUUCAAAUGAAUAUGUCGACAGUAAUGGUUUAGCUGGAUAUUGUGGAUUCAGUGGCAGUAACGGUGGUAAUGGUUGUAAUGGAUCAGGUGGGAGUAAUGGUUAUUCUGGUGCAGAUUCUCAAAAUGCAUUGAUAUUGUUAAAUGGAACAGUUGAAGAUUUUAUUAUGCAAGUAAAAACAUCUAAUAGAUUAAAUAAUUCGUAUAAAAAUUCUGGUGAUAUUAGCUGGCAUCUUGGACGACCUUUUAAUAAUCUUAAUUAUGAUUUUAAAUUGGCUAGAUCAAAUGGUAUUAUUCUGAUGAAAGCUAAUGGAGGUAAUGGUGGCAAUGGGGGUGAUGGAGGCAAUGGAGGUGAUGGAUAUCAUGGAAUAGAUGGUAGUUCUGGUGCAGAUGGAGGGUGUGGAGGACGUGGAGGUAAUGGCGGAUGCGGUGGACACGGAGGAAAUGCAGGCGCUGGUGGUCAUGUCCAAGUUCAAAGUACAGAUCCUCGAUUAUUUAUGUUAAUUGAAAUAGAUUGUCGGGCAGGAAAAAAAGGUCAAGGUGGUAGUAGUGGCGCAGGUGGUUCGGGUGGUAAGGGUGGUCGCGGUAGUUAUGGUGAAACAGACGGUACAUUUGGUAGAGAUGGUCCUGGUGGUUGUGCAGGUAAUAGGGGUAAUAAUGGUCGAGAUGGUCUCGCUGCAAAUAGUGGUUCAAUUCAAUAUGCUGUAGUUGAUAUAGAUGGAAACAUUAGUAAAACAGGUCCUGAUAAAUAUCAUGUUAGUGUUUAUGGUUAUACUAUUAAUGAUGAAAAUAACGAUGGAAUCUAUGAGCCAAAUUCAAGUUUUUCUAUUACAAAUGUUGAAUGGAUAAAUAAUGGUGGAAUGAAUUUACCAAGUGGAUCAAUAUUAUCAUUUCCAUCGACAGAAUAUAUAACUACAGACAUAAAUGAUAUUAGUAUAUUACAAGACAAUUCAAUUAAUCAAGCUGUAGUUGAUUCUCAUCAAUUUCAAUGUCAUCUGAAUGAUUUAGAUAGUGUUUCAAUAAAUGAACCCUAUAUAAAACGUGUUAAUAUAACAUCAGAAGUAAAAUUAUUAAAUCGUUUAUUUACUGGAAGUAAAGUUUCAACAACAUUAACUUGUCAAUAUCCAAUUCGAAUAACAAAAACUGAAGGUCCAAUAUAUUUAGGUCCUGGUGAACGAUCGAGUGUUAUAAUUAAUUUUAAGAAUAUAUCUACACGAUCCUAUGGUGAAUGUUUAAAUUCAGCUGGUUCAAUCGAAUUUAAACUUUCUACUCAUUCUUCAAUAAAAAUUUUACCUGCAAAUGGUCAAUAUAUUUAUGAAAUAAAAUCUGAUGGUUUGGGUUAUUAUAAAAUCAAUGAAGAAAUUUCUCCACAAUCAACAAAACGUAUUAAAUUUGAAAUUAAAUUAGAUGAAAAUUCUUCUUAUCAUUAUUUUAAACAUUUAUUUUGGGAUAUUGAUUUAUUGUUACGUAAUAAAUUAAUUGAAAAACGUCAAAAUAAAUUUCGAGUAGUUCCAAUAUUUCAACCAAAUAUUCAUACAGAUGUACUUUUAGUAACAAAUUCUAAAGUUGGCCGAAUUGAAUAUCUUGCAUAUCAAAAUCUAUUUCAAUUAUUUAAAUAUUCAAGUCAAACAUGGGAUAUUGAACGAUAUGGUGUAUUUCAUAAUCCUGAAAUAAAUUGGUUAAAUACAACUGAUCUAAUUAUUUUUAUUUAUUUAAAUCCUGAAUCAACAUUUAAUAUAAUUCAAUCACAAUUAUUUUUACAACAUAUGAAAUCUUCCGAAAAAUCUGGCUUUAUUUCAAUUGGUUCUAGUUUAUCCAAUGAAUUUGAUUUUGCUUUAUUUGAUUAUAAUAAUUUACAGUUUUUAAAUAUUAAAGAUCAAAUGAAAUCAGAAUCAACAAAUUAUCUUUGGAAUGCAUUUGGUUUUACACAACCUAAUCAACAAGAAUUAAUUGAUAAAGCGAAUGAAUGUCGAAUAAAUUAUGAAAAACAAAAUGAUCAACAAUAUUUAUAUCAAGUUGUUUUUGAUAAUACUGCUAAUACAGCUUCGACAAGUUGUAUGAAAGUUGUUUAUGGUGCAAAAUAUAUUUAUACAUCGACUUUAGAUGCUCAAGUUGGUAAUAGAUUAAUAAUGAUUCCUACUAAUAAUAAUUCUUUAUUAACUAGUUCUAAUCUUCCAUAUACAAUUCAAGCUGAAUUAAAUACAAAUCAACAAAGAUCACGUAUUAUUGAGAAUGACAUUGAUUUAAAUUCACAUUUUGGUAGAUUAUUAUGUGCUAUUUUAUUUUAUCAAGGUUUUGAAAAAUCUUAUAGGAUACUUAGUGAACAAGGAGAAUUAUCAACAUGUAUAUUUUCAAUAACUCCACCUCGGAGACCGCUGUCCGGCGGGCUCCGUGCCGGUCACAAGUCCGGAUAA